AUGAUACAACGGCCUCCAGGUCAACAUGUCUCACUCACCCCCUUCGACGUGUGCUGGUUGGCGCUACCACCCGUCUGCCACGUCUUCCUCUUCCCUGCGCCAUCGCCUCCUGUCCCCUUCUUGGACAUUGUUUGCACCCUCAGGUCCUCCCUUGCGGCAGUCCUCCCAGCCUUCCAUCCCUUUGUCAGCGACCUCGUCUACUUGCUGAAGAUGCGCACCGUCUCCAUCAUAUGCGGCGAGGACGCCCACGUCACGUUCAUCGAGGCUGAGAAGGAUCUCGAGUUCAUGAGGUUCGUUGAGGAGGGCGUGAAGCAUGACAUGGACGAGUUCCGACAGCUUGUGCCGGACAUCUUCCAUAGGGAGCUAUUAGUGCCUAUUGGUUAUGACUCCCAAGAUAACGAGUAUGUCCAAUCCAUUGAACCGUGA